AUUAAGAUUUGCGAACGAUGCGCAAUUCUACAGGUGGAACUUCGUCGGCUAAAAAGAGUCAUAAUAACACAGCUUCAAACAAUGAUGAAAAGAACAGUGCCAAGAAAUUAGUGCAAGCACGAUUGCCGUUCAAAGUUAUUGCUCCCGGCUCAUCGCCUACCAUUGCUGCCGACUCAGCUGCUACACCCAAAAAACGAGAGGCGCUAAAAGAGGGCAAGACACCGAAACAAGGUACACAAAAGGAAACAAAAGAUGCCCGAAAACGCAAACUUUCAUACGAAUCUGAAGAUGAAGCGCAAGAAGUUGAAGAAGUCGAUAAUGUGAGUAAGGAAAAUGUCGAAGUUAAGAGUGGAGCUACGGUUAAAAAAAAGAAAAUUACUUCGACGGCAACGAAUAAUGAUGAUGAUAUUGAAUGCAUCUCCCUCUUGGAUGAUGAACAAGAUGAAACAAAGGAUACAGCGCGAACAGAUGCAUCAUCCUCGAAGGCAGCAUCAGCAUUGAAAACGCCCAAAGCAGGAACCAAGGGUAAAACCAAAGGUGCUGGAACACCACAACCAACAGCAACGCCCGGAAGUGAACACAAAGGUAAAGGUGGCAGUAAUCACAAUUCAAAAUUGCAAAUUAAAUUGCCUCUCAGUGCUGGCAAACGGAAUAAACGUCGAAAAUCAAAAGCCAAUAAUUCAUUGGCGAACACCUCGGCACUGGACACAUCGCUACAGAAUAAUUCAUGUGCCGAUUCCUGUGAUGACAUUGAAGAAAUAUCUGGGGAAUUGAAUCCACAAAAACGGACUAAGUUAGACUACGAAGAAGAAGAAGCACCACAGCAAGCGAAAGGAUCAACAGAAGAAAGUAAAGAAUCUGUUCGUUUGGAAACCGAAUCCAGCUCUGACGAAUGUAAAAAAUCAGAAAAGGCAAACGAAUCUCGUAAGACAUCAACGAAAUCUGAGUCAAGUAAAGAUACUAAGAAGUCCGAAACAAAAACAUCUAAAAGCAUUAAGGAGAUAUCUGUUAUAAAAAAAGAUGGGAUUACAGAAAAAAGUAUUGUUAUAGAUAGCGAUGAUGAUGAUGAUAAAAAGAGUGAUGCUGAGGCAACAGAAGAUGAUGAUAAGAAUGGUGAUGAUGAUGAAGAAGAAGAGAAUGAUGACGACGAUGAUAAUGAUGAAGAUGCCGAUGAUGAAAGAGAAAACAAUGCCACCAACCGGAAUUCUUCAAACGUAUCUACGGAAGAAGAAUCGAAGACAUCGAAACACAAUACCACAAUUGAGUCCAUUAAGGCCGACAAUGAAUUACUGAAAAAUAAGAAUUUAACACCCAAACAAAAAAAGCUUUUGGAGCAACGUCAAAAAGCGCGAGAAGAGAAAGAGCGUAAAAUACAAGAAGAAAAGCGAAAGAAGCAACAGGAGAAAGAAGAAAAGGAGUUGGCAAAAAAACGUGAGCGUGAGGAGAAAGAGGAGCAAAAACGCAAAGAACGCGAAGAGAAAGAAGAACAGAAGCGUAAAGAACGCGAGGAAAAGGAACGAAAGCGUCUGGCCGAAAUAGAAGCAAAGAACGAGGAGAAACGGAAACGAAAUGAAGCUAAAGAAGAAGAGUUGCGGAAGAAAGAUGAAGAACGCAAGCGUAAAGAGCAGGAGAAGGAAGAAGCCGAAAUGAAGAAGAAGAAAGCAGCCGAGGCUUUUACCAAAUUCUUUGUAGCCAAAGCUCCUUCCAGUAAUCAACAAAACCUUGACGAUGAUGAGAAUACAGGAGAUGGAACAAAAAGCUUGGCUUUUCGUCCAUUUCAAAUCAAGGGUGAUAUGAAAUUAGCACCAAUAUGUCGUAAAAUCCUCUCGGAGGAUGCCAAAAAUCGUAUUGAUCAUCUGUUAGGAUUGCGCGAGGAUGAUGAGGAUAUUGUUCGGACAAAGCCACUGCCGAAAUCCAAGUUAUACUUGUCUGAGCUACGUUCUGGUCAAAUAUUACCUGGUAAAUGGAGACGACCCUCAACAGACUCAAAGGAUGAUGUAGUUAUAGUUGAAGAUGAACUGGAACGUGUUGGCGAAGCCAUUGUGGAAGACACCCCGGCAUAUAUUCGUGAAGAAAUGCGAGUUAAAUUCUAUAAAUUUCAUGACAAUCGUCGUCCUCCUUAUUAUGGCACAUGGCGUAAAAAAUCCAAAGUUAUUACAGGAAGGAGACCAUUUGCUCAAGAUACGAAAUUCUGUGAUUAUGAGGUGGAUUCUGAUGAUGAAUGGGAAGAAGAGGAACCCGGCGAAUCACUUGAGGAUGCCAGUGAUGAUGACAAAGAAAAAGAAUCAGAAGAUGACGAUUAUGAGGUUGACAAUGAAUGGUUCGUGCCACAUGGACAUCUGAGUGAGGAAGAAAUGCAGAAUGAAGAUGAACUCGGUGAUGAUUGCAAUGACCGUGAAGCACAAAAGGCAAAACUUAAAAUAAUACAACAAGAAUUUGCCCAAGAAAUGAAAAAGAAAACCGAAAAAAUAAAGCCACGUCUAAUUGGUUGCAUAUGGAUCAAUCGGGAUGGCAAACAACCCGAAUCAUGUCCAAGUAUUAUCUGGGAAAAAUUAAAUACAAAGGCGAUGUUAUGUACAGAUCCCCCCUUAUUGGAAGAACCAGAACUUGAGGAACCUCUCUCGCCAACUGCAUCCAAUACAGGAAAUGAGAAGUCCUCUGCCGUUGAGAAAAUUAAGCCUGUCACAAUAACUGAUGCCAUGAUUAAAGACCUAGUGAAGCUGCUGCAUGGCAACAAUAACUCCAAGGCAUUCCUAAUUAAGGAGUUCAUUGCAUAUAUAGCCAAAACUGAAGAGUCAGUAAUAAAUGGUGAAUUCGCCCACCCGCUGAAAAGUGUAAUACGCGAAAAAAUAGAUUCCGUGGCCGAAUGGCAAAUUGUAGAUGCCCAACCACAAACCAAUGAAGAUCUUAAUGAAAGUCUGAAGAAAAAGAAGAAGACCAAGAAGCGUCUUUGUUGGGUUGUUAGCCAAGAAACACUUGAUAAAUUGAAUAUGUCCUCAUUAAGUCUGCAAAAUGAUUGGGAAUACACUUUGAAACCAAGAUUAAAGGUUGACAAAGGUGAAAGUGCAAAAUCAGAGGAGCGAAGUGAAACAGUGGAAACAAACGAUGAGAACAAAUGCAACAGUGCACCGAUCAACAAUACUGUCGACAGCAAAGACUCAAAAUCGAAGUGUAUAAAUUCUCCCAUAACUAAAUUUACAAAAGUCUUAACGAAGGCCGAUGAAAAGGCCAGCAAAGUCGAUUCAAAUUCCACAUCCUCUACCACUCGCAAUAAAGCUGACAGUUCCCCUAAAGAUGUCACAACAAGUAAAAAGUCAUCAGAGACUAAAGCCAAAACUUCACCACCGAACACAUCAAAUAAGGAAAAGAAACGACUAUCGUUGCCAUCGUCCGUGGGUCGGGGUCAACAAAGUUCGACACCGGCUAAAAAUAAGUUAAUCAGCCAAUUUUUACAAAAGGGAAGCAACAGCAACAAAACGUCGUCUCCAACCACAAAUAAAAGAAAUCCAAACAAAUCAGUUGUUAUAAAUGGUGACGAUGACCACGACGAUGAUGAUGACGAUGUUAUAAUCUUGGACUAA